UCGAAAGCUACGUGGUAUUAAUUAUACUUCGACACUCCGGCAAUUUCUAUGGACUAUGAUCUUAAUGAAGAUAAAGGGAAUCCCAGUUGCCUUUUGGCAAUUCAAACACUUUUCCAUUUCAUCCCAACGUUCUUGUCCUACCAUUGACCCGUAUAACUCCUCAAAGCGCUUGAGCAAUUGCUUCAAAUUGGGAAGGAUUGAAGAUGCAGAGAAGUUGUUCGACGAUAUGCCUGACAAAGACGUUGUUUCGUAUUCCAUCAUGAUUCAUGGGUAUGCCAAAAAUGGUUUCCAUAGGAAAUCCAUGGGGUUGUAUUCCCAUAUGCGGAAAUUGGGUUUGGAUCCUAAUUCUUUCACCGUGGUUGGUGUUAUUGUUAGCACUGCAGGCUUGCGAAGCUCGGUGCUUGGACAAUCCGUUCAUGGACUGGUUGUUAAAACUGGGUUAGAGUCUGAUACGAUAGUGGUCACUGCUAUCUUAGAUAUGUAUGCCAAGUGUGGAACUAUGAUUGACUCUUAUAAAGUAUUUAAAGGACUGAAGAGCCCGGGUUUGAUUUCGUGCAAUGCAGUGGUAGCCGGGUUUGUACAUAACAAACUCUUUGAAGAGGGACUUUUGCUGUUUAACCAGUUCCGGAAGUCUGGUUUGGUACCUAAUGCAGCUACGGUGUUAGGUCUUAUUAGGGGUUGCAUUGCUUUGGAGUCAAAGAGGCUUUGUGAAUGUAUCCAUGGAUUAAUUGUUAAAUUUGCACUUGUUUUUGAUGUAUCUGUCAAUAAUUCGAUUCUUGAUAUGUAUUCAAGUUUAACAGAUUUAGAUGCUGCAGCUAAAAUAUUUGGUGAGAUGGAAGGCAAAGAUGUUAUUAGUUGGACAACAAUGAUGGGUUUGAUGAUUGGCCUUGAAUAUGCCUCUAAUGCACUGGAGCUUUUCUGCAAAAUGAGGGAUAGUGGGAUCCGUCAUGACACUGUGGUCAUCAUAAAUCUCAUUUCAGCUUGUGCAAUCCUCAGGGAUUUAAAGAGAGGGAGACAAGUCCAUGCUCAAGCUGUUGUUUGUGGAUUUGGAUCUGAAAUCUCUCUGGCAAACUCUCUCAUUGCGAUGUAUUCCAAGUGCAGUGAUUUGUAUUCUUCGAGAACUAUAUUUGAUCAAACAACUCAAAAGAGUUUGGUUUCAUGGACGGCAAUGAUUUUGGGCUGCGCACAGAAUGGACACCCAAGAGAAGCUUUGAAUCUCUUGGCUGAAGCAAGACUAGAGGAAAACUUUUGCCUUGAUCCAACAAUGUUGAUUGGUGCUUUAACUGCUUCUGGUGGGCUUGCUGCUUUUGAGCUCUGCCAGCAGCUCCAUUGUUUUACUUUUGAAGCUGGCUUCUCCUCUUAUAGACCCGUUCAGAAUAGUCUCUUAUCAACAUACUCGAAGUGUGGGAUGGUGGAACUUGCCCACGAUGUUUUUAAGGAGAUGGGUUAUCUUCGAGACGUAGUCUCUUGGAAUGCGAUUUUAAAUGGGUAUGGGAUUAAUGGUCAUGGGAAAACUGCUAUCACCCUCUACCAUGAGAUGAGGCGGUGUGGAGAAGAUCCUGAUAGUGCAACCUACCUGUGCAUUUUGAGUGCUUGCAGCCAUGCAGGUUUGGUGAAUGAUGGUCUGGUGAUAUUCAAUCAGAUGGUGGAAAUGAAUAGAAUAAAACCAAGCGAAGAGCAUUAUGGUUGUGUAGUUGACUUGCUUGCAAGGGCAGGCUGCUUACCUGAUGCGAUUGGGUUUGCUAGAAAAUUUUUGGAAGGGAUGGGCCGAAAUGUUUGGAGAGCUUUGCUGAGUGGAUGUCUGCUUCAUGGCAAUGUUCGGCUUGCAGAACUUGCAGCAAGCAAAAUAUGUGAGCGGGAUCCAGAAGGAUAUGAUCAAGUUGUGCUUCUUUCAAAUGUUUAUGCAUCAGUUGGUAGGUUUCAGGAUGCUGAAUCAUUGAGAUCAAGCCUGAAGAAGAAGGGGUUGUUAAAAAAUCCAGGGAUCAGCUUACUUAAUGGGAUUCCAUAUGAUUUUGGAUGAAGAUUGCGUAACUUGAAAUACUUAACAAGAGCAGUUUUAGAUGGGAAUUCAUCAAAGUUUAGGAUGUCUCUCUUGGAUAUUCUCGGUAUUGCAAGUUAGCAUUUUUUUCUCAAAGGAGGUUCAUGAAUGAUAGCUGAACUAUAUUACAUACUGAUUGGAGAAAGUUAGGGCAAAGCAGUGUGGAUAUGGGACAAAGAUGGCGUUCAAUGGAUUUUCUGUGCUACUGUGACGGUGAUGAAACAAAGAUAACUGAGAAUAUUGAAAUCUUUAUCUACUUGCAUUUGAGUGCAGUACAAGUCGAAUGGCUAUUGAUGGUAUAAUUAUUGGGCCUUGAAAUCAGUGGCAAAGGGUGACGCUUUUUCAACGAGUUUUGAUAGAGUAUCUUGAGCAGUGGACCCGGGCAGGCUGCCCAAUGUCAAUUCAUCUGCGACUGCUUUCAUUAGUUAUGGCUUCAGAAGAGCUUGCUAUGAAUGCAUAUAAUCCACAAGAGAGCUAUGAAAUACAGAAUACAAUGAACCAGAGAAGUGGACCCGCAAUGUACUUAUUCUUCUUUCUUACAAGUUCUAGUACAUUUCGGACGAUAAGUCAUGAAGGUACCAUCAACCUUGUGAAGACUCUGCAGGAAUCUUCUAGGCUCUAACUGCCCUCAUGAGGAUAUCAGAUAUUCUUGCCUCCAACUGGAACUACAUCUGGGCUUUCUUUAUCUUGUUCCUCAACUCCCUACAAGUUAGUGGUUUGUUAAGCUUCUCUAGCCUCACCCUCCUUUUGCUUUCUGCAACAAUUUCUUUCAUUCUUAUUUUUGUUGCUCUUCUAAUCGACGCACUAAUCAUACUUCAUUCCGGUGCCCAUCGUGCUGGCUUGCAGACCAGCAAUGGAAACAACACUCGCAAUGCAGGCAUUUGUUGGUAUAACGUUCAUAAUUGUCAUGCUCUUUGCAAUGACUACAAAGAAUUCAUGUAGUGUAUAAUUGCAGUGUAUGGUUGCUGUAUGAAGCCUUUUGACCUUUCCAGUGUUGCUUACCUUCAAGUUUCAUAUGUUACAACCCUCCUGCAAUAUAACUUUGUGAUAGCUAGCUAAUAUGGGUAAUUUAGGAAAAUGUUUCUUUUAUAAUGGACGUAAUCAGUGUUUAAAGUGGGCUGUUUGGAUAUGACAUGUACUGCUCUGCUCAGGAAUUGAUCUCAAAUGUUGUAAGAACUUUUGUCUGAGCAAGAAUUAGAGGCUUUGUUUGCAAUGCA